CUACUCUCUUUCUUUGCUUUUUCUUCACUCUCCCAAAAAGAAAGACACAAAAUGAGUAGUGACAAUGAACGUUCUGGUCCUACGGGUGAUGACGAGCUAUCACUACCUAAAGCGACAGUAAUGAAGCUCAUUAACGAAAUGAUGCCGAGCGAUAUUGUUUGUUCCAAAGAAGCCCGAGAUUUGCUCAUUGACUCUUGUGUUGAGUUCAUUCAUUUGAUAGCAUCAGAAUCGAACGAAAUAGCCGAUCGAGAGACGAAAAAGACGAUAGCAGGAGAGCAUGUUAUUUCGGCGUUGAAAGAGCUUGGAUUCGAAGACUAUGUGGAGGAUGUGGAAGAGGUGUACAAGGAGCAUCGACAGCAACAAAAGGAUCGCGAUAAACGAAGUUCGCGAUUGGAAAAGACGGGGAUAUCGGAAGAGGAGCUUCUGAGACAGCAGGAACUGUUGUUUGAGCAAUCACGUUUAAAGUUUGAAGCACACCAUUAAUGGGUGAACAGAUGGUUACUAUAUAUUUAUUUUUUCAUUAAAUUCUGAUAAUACUUUUUUAGAAUCAUCAACUUUUUUAUUGUCAAUGUGAGCUACUAGAAACCACCUGUUCUUGUUGUGCUAAAGCUCCUUGCAA